AUGCACACCUUGGCUAAGCUUCUUGGUUACUCUGGGAACAAUACUCGCAGCCUCAUCAUCAAAGACGCUUCCGCGCUUCGCCUCGCCAAUCCGAAGAUCCAUACACUUCUCAGGGGGUCCCGUAAGCUAGAGUUUCUUGAGAUACACAACGAGCUCGAGCCUCUGAGCGUCGAUACGCACCAGUGGCCGCCUACUCUGACCCAUCUCGUCCUCGAUCAGGUCCACGUACCUGGGACCCUGUGGGAAGCUGUAGCCGGAAACAUCGAGUACCUCCACCUCAGCCCCAAGGCGCCAAACUCUGCAGCGCCCCAGCUCCAGCUCCCAGUUCUACCCAAGCUGCGUCAGCUUCACAUUGUCGGGACAUUGGGCAUGCUACGACCGACUGUGCUGCCCGGGACCAUGCCCAACCUCGAGCAGCUCUGGUUCUCAAACCUCUUCCCCUUUGCUGACUACGGCAUCGAAGGCGAACGUACCAUCAAGGAGACCUUUAACGAGGUAUGGAAGGGCAUGAAAGCCGUCAUUGUCAAUGGCCACCGCGAAAUCCUAGACCUUGACCAGGCAUUUGGAUUCAACAGUCUAGUCUCCAUCAACAGGGGCGAGAACAUCCGGUACAUUGAGCUGGUCCCUUACUUUGACGACCCCAGAGGCACCGUCCUUCUCGACCGGAACCGCCACUCGAUGGAGCUGAACGACGGAUCCGACAGGAUCAUGCAGGGGGACCUAGGCCUGCCCAACCACUUUUCCAACCUGGAGGCCCUCCGGAUCAAGCAGACCGUCAUGGACGGCACAGCCCUGCAGCCCAUCCUACGACCAGCCCUGGACAACAACAGGCUGCGCGAGCUCGACAUCAACUUCCGCCGGCCGCACUUCAACGAGCCCGAGGGCCCCUCGAGCUGCCAGCACUUGAAGGACUACGAGUGGCUGCGGGGUGCCCGGUCCAUUCGCAGCAUGCGCGUCAGCAAUUUCCGCUUCACGCGGUACCCCCGGUCCGACGACCAGCUCCCGCUUCCCGGGUUCCUCGCGUCGUUCCCGAACCUCGAGAUUCUCGAGAUUGGCUCUGAGUACUACGAAGAUGCGGAGAUGUGCUCCGUCGUCGUAGCCGUCAUGAAGGUGACCAAGCUCAAGAGGAUUUACCAAUCUACCAUCCGGGGUGCUCCUCUGGAUAGCCUCAAGACUGCGGCCAAGGAGUACGGCGUCCAGCUGGUCUUUGGCGACAGACCACGGGAGUGGCCCGUGGUUUUCGAAAAUAAUUAG